AUGUUUCCCCCUCUGAGAGGGCCAGUACGUGAAGAGCUUCAAGUGCUUUAUAAGCUCAUCUCUCAAAAUAUUGACAACUGGAUUUCAAAUAUUCCUAGUCCGUUCCAUAUUCCCCAUACUGAGAACAAAAUGCCGGAAAAGCCAUGGACGAGACCUGAGAUAAUGCAUCCCAUCGAACGACUGAAGAAUCCUUUCAAACCUGCACGACGACAGGAUGCGUUACGGGCUUUCAUCACUCCUAAGUCUCGUAAACGCAAUGCACGCUACAAAAUACACCUGGGAAGGCCUCAAUCCGGACUCCUUCCGGAACCAGAAAUGCCAACAAGCAUACCAUUCGGUUAUGAAGAAGGAUUUUUCAUACAACCCGUGGAUCACUUCGACAAUCAAAAUGUGAACACAUUUGAUCAGCGAAAAGACCAUACAGGACGGCAUAAACAAAUCAAGUCAAGAACUAAAGUGAAAGUACAGAAGAAGUUCAACAACAAAUUUAAACUUCACGUAUCGCAGAAAUUCUACAAAAAUAGACAAUGGGCCAAAGAAGGCGGUCCAAUCUUCCUGAAGAUUGGCGGCGAAUCACCGGCAUCACCUGCGUGGGUUCUCAACGAAAACCUCACCUAUUUGACAUGGGCGAAAAAGUUUGGAGCAACAGUCUACAUGUUAGAACAUCGAUAUUAUGGCCAGAGCAAAAUUACAAAGGAGCCAACUAGCACUGGAUGGUAUACAGACUAUCUCAGUUCCAUGCAAAUGCUCUUCGAUGUGGCCAACUUUAUAAGAAACGUCAAUGCCCAAAUGGGAUCGGAUAAGCCCCCUAAGUGGAUCACCUUUGGCGGAUCAUACUUCCGGUGA